UAUGACAACUUUAGUUCCGCUACUAUUGUAUUAGCGCUAGCAUCGCACCCUAUAUUACAUAAUCUGUGGUCUUUAACUGUCAAUUAUCUGUCAACAGUGUCAAGUGAAAAAAUUUCAAUUUGACAAUUCUCACUUUUAGUUGUUUUGUAAACUUUGAGUCGAGCGUCGGUUAUCUUGCGUUCUCCUCCCGUCUUGGUUGAGUUGAGUACCCUGAGAAGCCACCCUCCUCUGGUUUGCAAUACAAUUCUUGUGUCCUCCUCCCAUCUUGGUUGAGUUGAGUACCUUGUGGCUGCCGAAUAUGGCACCAUUAAAGUGUUGUGUUCUCGAUUGUGAAUCAACAAGUGACACACACAGACUAUUUUGCAUGCUGAUAAACGAUCAUUUGCGAAAUUUGUGGAUGUCGUUUCUAGUUCCAGUUAACCCACAUUUACUGGGACUGACAAAGGGUCAGCUAAUGACUAAACGUGUUUGUCAGAAACAUUUCGACGAAACUCAGUUUAGCCCAGGGUCAAGAAUUCGCUAUUCUUACCCUUGCCUUUUCACAGAAAAGGAAUUUUUUCACGGUGUCCCUCUCUCGUCUGAAGACAAACGAGUCAAUAAUCCACAAGAGACUAUGGAGACGACAGCUGCAGUCGUUUUAUUUUUCGAUGAGUUAUUUGACUGUGUCAAUGGAUCACCAGGUCAAGGAAAAGGCAAACUUAGAUGUGCUGUUAAAGAAACAUCAAACCAUAAGGAUUUUUGGCAAAAUGCGCUAAGAACAUUGCAAAGUAUGACAUUUUUAGACCGCAAUAGCAAACAGGCCAAACGUAAUGGCCAGCCAAGACAUGUACGCGUUCCAUGCUUGGAAGGGUGGAUAACCACAUUAAAAAGUUUCCUGGGCUUAUCAAAAAUAUUAUUUUCUAAAUACAAAGUGAAAUAUUUUUACCCUCGUUUUGUCAAUCAGGAUCCCAUCGAAAACUUCUUUGGUCGUAUAAGAGCAAUUAAUUACAGAAAUGUGAAUCCCGACGUAAACACUUUUAUAUAUUCUUUUAAAUCCAUAGUCCUCUCUAAUAUAUUGGCCCCACAGUCAACAUCCAUGAACUGUGAAGACGAUGACGGAGAAACCCUAAUUAAUGUAAGUAAUCUGUUCUUCACUACAUCAUCUGAGGAUGAGAAAGAAAAAAUUUUAAAAAUGCAUACUUUGCAUGUUACUGCUUAUAAAAAAUACAAAGCGCACCGUUUAAGACAAAAAGCUACUAAAGAUUAAAAAUAAAUAUAAUUUAAAUACAUUCUCUAGUUUUUUUUUGUUAUCCUUUUUGAAAGUACAUAUUUCCUGAAGGAGGGUCCUGUCAUUCAUCGUAUUUUUUAUCGUAGUCACAACACUAAAGAAUAUCGAUAUCGAUAAUUUUAAUUCUUGAAAUCCCUAGUCUUUACUGUCAAAUAAGUGCCACAGAUUAUAAAAGUUUACAGCGCCACAACUAUAGUAAAGGGAACUAACACAAGGCCACUGUCCCAUCUGUAGCUAGCUACAUAUUAUUAAUCU